GCAUUUUGCAUCACACGUGGCUUCCAACGACCGAGCACAUGAGAGAAGGGUCCUCUGUUGCGUAUGUCGAAGUUGACUUAGGCAAUCCGGAUGGCUACACUGAGGAGUUAGUGACCGAUUGCAUCUGUACUCCUGUCAAUCGUCCGGUUCUUGAUGGUGUCAGCCCAUGGCACCAUGACGGGUGCUCCAGCGGAGUAAAUGCGGAAACUCUUUUGCCUGGAACUCACACCAUGCAUGCCCAUCGGUUUCUCGCUGUCUUACAACCGCCGCUGGUGACCUCCUCGGGAAGCGACAAAAAGGGGCUGAUGGAAAGUGAUAUGGCAAAAGGUUCGUGUCGUUUUCGACACAAGGAAUCUGAGGAGAAGCAUGUGCAAGACGAACGGCGUUCCUCCAAAACACACAUCCCAGAAAAUUACAGAAGCUACACCGGUGCUUUAUCCGAUUUCGAAGCACAACAGACACUCCUGUCUUCCACGAAGGAUUACAGUCUACCGACAACAAUGUGCGAUUGGCUGCCGUCAAACGAAGGCAAAUCCAUCCUAGCCGAUUUACAAAGAUAUACCACAGCACUUGUUCACGAUAGCUCGAUCAGCCGUGCAGCUAGCAUAAAAAUUGUCGGCCAAACGACACAAUUACUGGAUCGAAUUCAAGCAGGAUCUGAACGAUUUUCCAAGCGACACGACAGUUUACUCACGCAGAUAGAGAAGCGAUCUCAAGUGAACAAACGGCUCCGUGCUAAGAUAAGGUCAUUGCUUACCAUUCUGCAAAAAGUAAAAUUGGACAUGUAUGAAACCGGAACAGACCAAUAAAAAUAAUGUAACAUUGUUUUUGACUUUGUCCUGAAAAAACAGACUAUAAGCUAUCAGAGCUUCUUCCUAUCAAGGCUGUGUCACGGGGUUAGUAUGUGCUCAUCUUGAGUUCUUGUCGUACAACAAAGAGGCCUGUUGUACUGGAAUAUUCGAAGCAUACACACAUUCCACACAGUUAAAAAACAAGUUUGACAUUCGAAAUUAAAGCUAUGA